UUUUUUUUUGUUUUCUGCGGCAUUUAGUUAUUUUGUUUAAUUAUUUUACGAAAAGUUUAGUCUCCGAAUUAAGAGAAAUGGAUUCCGAAGAGACUGCAGAGAAACCACCAAGUGAGCUUCUAGUCACAGCUACAGAUGAAGUGGAAGCUGAAAAGCCGGGUGAAGUUACAAUACCUAAGAGCGGUGUGGUUGUUGUGGGCGAAGAGAAAGAGAAGGAAGAGGAAACACCCGGGGAUGCAAAUAUAAAUGAUGCAGAAAUUAUGGAUUUAACAGAAGAGUUGGCAACAGAAAAGCCUAUUGAAAAGGAAUCCACAAACGAAGUUGAAGCGUCACCAACUCAGAAAGAUGAGGAUAAAGAUGAUUCAAAUAAUAUCGAAUUGCCAGCUUCACCUGCCGACAAAACAAGCGAAGUGGGGCAGGCAGAUCAUGAAAUGGUCCAGGAGUUGGACAUCAAUGUAAAGGAUGCAGAUGCUGAUAAUAGCAUUGAGGUGAUUAGCAGUCCCAUACCAAAUGAGACAGAAAUCACAACUGUGUCUAGUGGGGAUGUGGACGAAUUGGAAGAACCCAGUAAAGCUGGAGAAGAUAACUUGGACAGCAGCAUAGAACUAAUUGAAAGUCCCAAGACGGUUCCAGUAGAAGAAUUGCCCAAUGAGGAGACACAACAGGCGGAAGCUAAGCCAAAAGAACCCGAAUCAGAUAGCAGUAUUGAAGUUAUAGUAAGCCCAGAAAAAUCAGAGGCACUAAAGCAACAGGAUACCAUAGAUGAAUCAAAAGAUGACAGUGACCUUGAAUUAUUGGAGGAAUCUACACCAGCUCAAGAGACUGAAAAGCAAGAGGAUCACACCGAAAAGCCUGAAAGCUUGAUAGAGGAAAAGAAAUCUCCAGAGGAAACUGUUUCUGAGACAGAUGAGAAAGUCGAUAGUGAGCUUGCCAUCGAAGCUACUCCCAUGGAAGUAGACGAAGAAGUAGAAAUAAACAAAGAAUCAUCUGCAGAGGUUAAAAAUGUUCCGGAAGAUGACAAUAUGUCUUCAAAGGAAGAAGAAGUUAUUGCAGACAAACCAACAGCAAUAACAAAUGUAAUUGAAGAUGUUGUCAUGGAAGUAGAGGCAACAGCAGCAGAAUCAACUGCGACUGACGAAGUUGCUUCCAAGAGUGAAAAUGAAUUUGAAGUCAAACUGGAAGAGACAGAGACUAAACCAGAGGUGGUCCAACCGCCUGAAGAUAAAUCCAUCUCCGAUGGGGAUAUCUUCUACAAUAAGGAAUGCCUCAAUUGUCAUUGCCAACAUCAGCAUAAACAAUUUAUUUUGGCCAGUGCAGCAGUUGUUAACUAUUACCGAGUUCCCCGUAAGGCGAAUAAACGACAAUUUAUUUGCAUGGGAUGCCAUGAUAACGCCAUAGAAAUGUAUGAGGAAUAUGCAGGUCAUCUAAUUGCCAAACAGCCAUUGCUACUCAAAGAAUUUAAGCAGGAACAUACAGAAUUUGUAGCUCUCGACAGUAGCGAUGAAGAGGAUAACGAAGUGGCACCUGCUGAAGGUGAAUUCUCGUGCAACGAUUUGAGAUUGAUUGAGAGUGAAUUGGAAGAUGCCAUACAAAGUGUAUUCGAAAGGGUGGACAUUAAGCAACAAAUCACUUGGUCAAAGAAAAUAUUAACAGAAAAAUACAAGCAAUUGGAAAACAAAUUCAAAGUGGUCGGCACAGAGUUGGGUAGACUACAAAAGUCUGCAGAUCAAAUGCAUUUCGCUCUCUAUAAUUCGUGUCAAGUGGUGCAACAGCAUAAACCUCCAUUGGAUCUGUAUCAGAAUUUAAGCGACUAUGUGCAAGUUCCUCCGCCUGGCGAAAUUGAACGUCCUCCCAUUCAGUUAAAUGAGACUUAUUAUGCGGUGAAAAACAAAGCCAUUGCCAGUUGGGUGUCCAUUAAAGUUAUUGAAUUUGUGGAAAGCACCACUGUGGGUGGAAAUACAGUGCAGAGUUUUAAGAUCAAAUAUCUAAAUACACCAUAUCAAAUGGUUAAAACCGUGACAGCCAAGCAUAUAGCAUACUUUGAGCCGCCGCCAGUGAGAUUACCCAUUGGCACUCGAGUGAUUGCUUAUUUCGAUGGCAGUACUCUCAUACGUGGACGAGAGCGCAAGGAACGUGGUGUGGUUCAGAGCGCCUUUUAUCCUGGCAUUAUAGCCGAACCCAUAAAACAGGCAAAUCGUUUUCGUUAUUUAAUCUUUUACGAUGAUGGUUAUACCCAGUAUGUGUUGCAUAAAGAUGUACGUUUGGUUUGUCAAGCAUCGGAGAAAGUGUGGGAGGAUGUGCAUCCAAAUUCACGAGAUUUCAUACAGAAAUAUGUUGAGAAAUAUUCAGUAGAUAGGCCCAUGGUGCAGUGCACACGUGGACAGAGCAUGAAUACGGAAUCGAAUGGUACUUGGUUAUAUGCCAGAGUCAUCGAUAUAGACUGCAGCCUGGUGCUAAUGCAGUUUGAGGGUGAUAAGAAUCAUACAGAAUGGAUCUAUCGUGGUUCCUUGCGUCUUGGUCCUGUGUUCAAGGAGACGCAAAACUCAUUGAAUAGCAUGCAACAUCAGACAAGAGUGCCAAGGCGCACUGAGCCCUUUAUACGCUAUACUAAAGAGAUGGAAUCCAGCAGCAGGCAGGUGAAUCAACAAAUGCGUGCUAUUGCCAGAAAGAGUAGCUCGGCACCACAACAAGUUGCUGCCACAUCCUCAUCGGCAUCCCAAUCACACGCUGCACCGGCUGCAUCUAGAACUAAUACCAGUGCCAGCACGGUGAAACAUCUCAAUAAUUCUACGAUCUAUGUGGAUGAUGAGAAUCGUCCAAAAGGUCAUGUGGUUUACUUCACUGCCAAACGGAAUUUACCUCCUAAGAUCUACAAACAUCACGAAUGCACGCCAAAUUGUCUCUUUAAGAUAGUUCAUCGCCUGGAUAGCUAUAGUCCUUUAGCCAAGCCAUUGCUAUCGGGUUGGGAGCGUCUAGUCCUGCGCCAGAAGAUCAAACGAAGUGUAGUCUAUCGUGGUCCAUGUGGCAAGAGUUUUCGUAAUCUUGCUGAAGUUCAUCAGUAUUUAAGAGCCACGGAUAAUGUUUUAAAUGUGGAUAAUUUUGAUUUUACUCCCGAUUUGAGAUGUCUGGCUGAGUACUCGAUUGAUCCGACAAUUGUUAAGGAAGCGGAUAUUUCAAAGGGUCAAGAGAAGAUGGCCAUUCCACUGGUUAACUACUAUGACAACACAUUGCCACCGCCCUGCACCUAUGCAAAGCAACGUAUUCCCACCGAGGGAGUGCAUUUGAAUCUCGAUGAAGAGUUCCUAGUUGGUUGCGACUGUGAGGAUGAUUGUUCCGAUAAAUCCAAGUGCUCAUGCUGGCAGUUAACUGUAGCUGGCGUAAAAUAUUGUAAUUCCGCAAAGCCCAUUGAGGAAAUUGGCUAUCAGUAUAAACGACUCCAUGAGCAUGUGCCCACUGGCAUCUAUGAAUGUAAUUCCCGCUGCAAGUGCAAAAUGAAUUGUCUGAAUCGUGUAGUGCAGCAUUCGCUGGAAAUGAAGUUGCAAGUUUUCAAGACCUCCAAUCGUGGUUGGGGCUUACGAUGUGUCAACGACAUACCUAAGGGAGCCUUUAUCUGCAUCUAUGCCGGACAUCUGCUAACCGAGACUAAAGCCAAUGAGGGUGGUCAAGAUGCGGGUGAUGAGUAUUUUGCCGAUUUGGAUUAUAUCGAAGUGGCAGAACAAUUGAAAGAAGGUUUCGAAUCGGAUGUAGAGCAUUCGGAGCAUGAUAUGGAUGAUGACAAUAUGGGACGUGAUGGAGAAGAUGGUGAUGAUGAUUUCAGGCCACAUAAUCACUAUCAGCCCAGUAAGAGGGACACCAGAUUGCGUGUCUCACGCAGUAAUUCCACUCAAAACAAUGAAUUGGAUUCGCAAGAGCGAGCGGUCAUUAAUUUCAAUCCGAAUGCGGAUCUAGAUGAAACAGUGCGUGAAAAUUCUGUGCGUCGUUUGUUUGGUAAAGAUGAGGCACCUUACAUUAUGGAUGCCAAGACAACUGGCAAUCUAGGGCGUUAUUUCAAUCACUCUUGUAAUCCCAAUUUAUUCGUGCAGAAUGUAUUCGUGGACACUCAUGAUCUUCGUUUCCCUUGGGUGGCCUUCUUUUCGGCAUCGCACAUACGAUCCGGCACUGAAUUGACUUGGAAUUAUAACUAUGAAGUUGGUGUGGUUCCUGGCAAGGUUCUCUAUUGUCAAUGUGGAGCUGCCAAUUGCCGCAUAAGAUUACUUUAAAUAUAUAUAAUAGAACUAAAAAUAAGGUAAAAGAUGAAAUGAUGGCAAAAUAAAAUAAAUAAACUUUAUUUCAACAUCUCCUAAA